AUGGCCACGCGAAUCGCCUUCGAUGCUAACCCAGAGAAGAAUCGAUUCGAAGAUAUUGUGUGCAUUGAUCAGACUCGAGUUCGACUCGGCUGUGGCUCGUAUAUUCACGCUAGUUGGGUGAAUAUUACCGCCAGCAAGAAGGCAAUCCUCACCCAACUUCCGAAUCGAGAGAGUGGAGCGGAGUUCUGGCAAAUGGUUCUUGACGUCGACGCACAAGCGAUUCUCCUUUUGCUCACACAUGCCGAAUUCAACAUGUUCCAUGCAAAUGGAGUGUUCCCGGCUGAGCAGGACUUUCUACAUUUCGAAGGAAGUCAUGUACGAGUUGGAGAGUUCAAACGUGUGGUCAUUGAUCGUGACUGGACAAUGCAUGUGAUUUCAGUUAGAAGUGGAGACCGUAGAAAAUAUGUACAUAUGCAUCAUUACUCAGGAUGGACACAUGGAAAGCAGCCAGUCCGACUUGUGGAUUUGUGGCAAAUACAAUCAGUAUUCAGAAAGUACCCUAACCCGCAUAUCUAUAUGAGUCUGUCCGGUUGUGGUCGAGCAGGAACUUAUGCUGCUUUUGAGGGCUAUGCGGGAAAAUUCACCUACCAGCGUACGCAUCGCGUGCCUACUGUCUAUGCUUGUGCUUUAUGUCUGUUUUCUAUGCGUCUGCUUCCUCUUGACGAUAUAGCGUUCCGGGUUUAA